AUGCGGAUCCACCUGGCUGCUAUUUUGGUCUUGGUCCUCGCGACUGCCGUACUUGCACGUAUUCCUGCUAGUCUGGCCAGCUCAGGUGUGGGCGGCCCGAUGGAGCGCUCAUCCUUUGCGAAAAACCUGGACCACAGCCAACACCACUCCAAGUCCCACCACAGCACCUCAAGUGGCCACCAUGCCAAGGGACGCCACUCUAAGGUCUCGACCGUGACAAGUCCAUCGACGGAUAGCGAUGCCAUUGAUGGCGCUCAAAGGUCGUCCUCAGAAGCCUCUUCCCUCCUUGAAUCUGCCUCGUCCAAGCACCCCGCCAGUGACACGCCAUCUCCCACCAGUGAGGAGAUCAAGUCGGCGGAUGAUGCAGCUGCGUCGAUCGAGCUGGGCUUCUGGGGCAUGCAGAGCGGCUCGUACCUCAUCGCCCUGUCAGCUGUCGUCGUGGCCGGCGCCCUCUUUGCCUAA